ACUUUAGGCGUUUUGACGUGACUGUGGUAGUCGCGUCAGUCUGAGAAGAACCGCCCCUUGGCAGUGUUCAGUGAGCGCUGUGUAUUAGUCUCAAACACUUAUUCCACAGGGAAAGAGCAACUUCGGUCCGUCCGCGGAGCCGAGGAACCACAGAUACAAGCGACACAAAUGGCUGCAAUCGUGCGCUCAACUUGGACUCUGGUUUGGAUUUCUACGAUAGUUUCGAGCACACGGAUUUAUCCCCCAAAUGAAGUGACAUUAUUGGACUCAAGAACAGUGCAAGGCGAAUUAAAAUGGGUUGCCAGUCCAACGGAAGGAGGGUGGGAAGAAGUGAGCAUCAUGGACGAGAAAAACACCCCCAUACGGACCUACCAAGUGUGCAACGUGAUGGAGCCCAACCAGAAUAACUGGCUCCGGACAGACUGGAUCCCACGCGGCGGGGCCCAGCGCGUCUACAUCGAGAUCAAGUUCACGCUGCGGGACUGCAACAGUCUUCCCGGCGUCAUGGGAACCUGCAAGGAGACCUUUAACCUCUACUACUAUGAGUCCAACAACGACAAGGAGCGCUACAUUCGUGAGAACCAGUUCUCCAAGAUCGACACCAUCGCCGCCGAUGAGAGCUUCACGCAGGUGGAUAUCGGGGACCGCAUCAUGAAGCUCAACACCGAGGUCAGAGACGUCGGGGUGCUGACCCGGAAGGGCUUCUACCUGGCCUUCCAGGACGUGGGCGCCUGCAUCGCACUGGUGUCCGUGCGGAUCUUCUACAAGAAGUGCCCGCUCACCGUGCGCAACCUGGCGCAGUUCCCGGACACCACCACGGGUGCCGACACCUCCUCGCUGGUGGAGGUGCGCGGCUCCUGCGUGGACAACUCGGAGGAGCGCGAGGUUCCCAAGAUGUAUUGCGGGGCGGACGGAGAAUGGCUGGUGCCCAUCGGCAACUGUCUGUGCAACCCUGGAUUCGAGGAGCGGUCAGGAGCCUGCCAAGCCUGUAGGAUUGGCUACUACCGGGCUCUGGCCACCGAUGACAGCUGCUCCAAGUGUCCCCCCCACAGCUACUCCGUGAGCGAGGGCUCCACGUCCUGCGCCUGUGAUAAGGGUUUCUUCCGGGCCGAGACUGACCCAGCCUCCAUGCCCUGCACACAACCCCCGUCUGCUCCCCAGAACCUCAUCUCCAAUGUGAACGAGACGUCGGUCAACCUGGAGUGGACGGCGCCAGCCUCCUCGGGCGGCCGUUCGGACCUGGCUUACAACGUGGUGUGCAAGCGCUGCGGGCCGGGCCCGUCCCCAGGUGCACCGAGCUUGUGCGCGCCCUGCGGCAACGCUGUCCACUUUUCGCCGCAGCAGCUGAGCCUGCGCGCCACCCGCGUCUCCAUCACCGACCUGCAGGCCCACACCAACUACACCUUCGAGAUCUGGGCGGUCAACGGCGUGUCUACGCAGAGCCCCGGGCCUCAACAGGCCGUCUCUGUCACCGUCACCACCAACCAGGCCGCUCCAUCUCCUGUUACGUCCAUCCAGGCCAAGGACAUCACCAGGCACGCUGUGUCGCUGGCCUGGCAGCAGCCCGAAAGGCCCAACGGGGUCAUCCUGGAGUACGAGGUCAAGUACUAUGAGAAGGACCAGAAUGAGCGUAGCUACCGCAUCAUGAAGACGGCCUCCCGCAGCGCUGAUGUGAAAGGCCUGAGUCCGCUGACGUCCUAUGUGUUCCGUCUCGCACCCCGCCCGACUCACGGAGACUUCAAGCGCCUUGAGUUCAUGACCAACUCAGUGCCGUCUCCCAUCAUAGGUGACGGUGCCAACUCCACCGUGCUGCUGGUGUCCGUCAUCGGCAGUGUCAUCCUCCUCAUCAUCUUCAUCGCUGUCUUCGUCAUCAGCCGCAGGAGGAGCAAGUACAGCAAAGCCAAGCAGGACUCAGACGAGGAGAAACACCUCCACCCAGGAGUGAGGAUAUAUGUGGACCCGUUCACCUAUGAGGACCCCAACCAGGCUGUGCGUGAGUUCGCCAAGGAGAUUGAUGCGUCCUGCAUUAAGAUUGAAAAGGUCAUCGGCAUCGGAGAGUUUGGUGAGGUGUGUAGCGGGCGUCUGAAGAUGCCAGGGAAGCGGGAGAUCUGUGUGGCCAUCAAAACGCUGAAGGCAGGCUACACGGACAAGCAGAGGCGGGACUUCCUGUCCGAGGCCAGCAUCAUGGGCCAGUUCGACCACCCCAACAUCAUCCGCCUGGAGGGCGUCGUCACCAAAUGCAAGCCGGUGAUGAUCAUCACAGAGUACAUGGAGAACGGAUCCCUGGACGCCUUCCUGCGGAAGAACGAUGGGCGCUUCACCGUCAUCCAGCUGGUGGGCAUCCUGCGUGGCAUCGCCUCGGGCAUGAAGUACCUGUCCGAUAUGAGCUACGUGCACCGCGACCUGGCCGCCCGCAACAUCCUGGUCAACAGCAACCUGGUCUGCAAGGUGUCUGACUUCGGCAUGUCCCGCGUGCUGGAGGAGGACCCAGAGGCGGCCUACACCACACGGGAAAUAACGGGAACCUAUCAAUCGCAGGGAGGAAAGAUCCCCAUUCGCUGGACAGCACCAGAGGCCAUCACAUACAGGAAGUUCACUUCGGCGGCGUUUACGGAGCUUCUGACAUUGUUAUGUGGAAGUGAUAUGCCUGAUGGGGGAGCGCCAUAUUGGGACAUGAGCAACCAGGACGCCCAACACGGCUCUGUUGGACCCCAGCAGUCCUGA